GACUGCGAGUGCCUUGGUUUAUACAUGGGUCCUAUGGGAGCUCUUACUCAGAAUGAAGUAAACAUUGUCUAGUUAUCAUUUUUUUGCAUUAGUAAUUAUCUGUAGGUUUAAAUAAAAUGGAUGACAAAUUGAGACAGCCUUACCAAGGGCAGCUAAUCAAAUUUACAAAUGUUGUCAAAGGCUGGCAGACGAGAUGGUUUGUUUUAAACCCUGAACUUGGCACACUCCAUUAUUAUCUGAGUGAACAUGAUCUGCCCUCUAGAGCAAGAGGAAGUAUUCAACUAGCAGGUGCAGUCAUCUCUCCCAGUGAUGAAGACUGUCAAACCUUCACUGUUUCUCCUGCCAGUGGAGAGGCAUACAAACUGCGGGCUCUGGACACUAAAGAUCGACAAAUGUGGCUCAACAGACUUCGGGUCAUUGCUGAGAUGCACACACGGGCCAUCGCUCAUCAUCACUCAGCCUUUCCUUCUCGUGAACGUCGAGUUGGAAACGGAGGCUCAAGUGGUCCCUCAUCUCUCACAAACCCCCAGUCCAAAUCUGGUGCACACGCUCCAAACUCCAGCUAUCCCACUGCCAACACCCACUCCAAUAACACCCAGGGCACGGGUGUAGAGCCCCAACAUUAUGGGGGAGUAGGAGGAAGUCUGGGUGGUCUUGCUGUGCUGGACGCCUUCACACAAGUCAGUGAACUGCUGCAGUCUGCGCACAGACAACACAGCAGCCUGGCCGCUGCUGUUGAGGACCUGCCUUCCUACGGAGGCCUGAACUGCAGCGAGCCUCAGCUGCUGCUGCUCAAAGCAACAAGCCACGCUACGGUGCUGUGCCUCGACAGCUGCCUGAGCGUGCUGCAGCAACAGCAGCAGCUGCAGCACAGGCCGAGAGCAGCCUCCCCUAUCACACGGUCGUCACCCCCCACAAGGACAGCCCCCCACUCCCCUAACCCCAGCCAACGUUCUUCCGUAUUUUACACGGACACAAUACACGCGCCUCUCACGCAGACCUCAUCUCUGAACGCGUCGUCUCCAUCCCUCCCGAGGGCGGCGCAGCAGCAGCAAGACGAAACUCAGCGCCCUUUUGUGGCCACCAAGGCUAGAUCCUUAGAAGGACCUCAUGAUACCAACGUCCGUAACCAAAAGCUCCUGCAGGAAACGCCUGAUGGCAACAUUCAAAACCAAAGGACGUCAGAAGGAGCGCCUGGGAUCAACGUCCAGAACCAAAGGACGCUGGACAGAGCUGCAGAAGUCAGUUCUGAAGUCCCAAGACGAGAUGAAUUGACGACCUCGAGCUCUGGGUCACCGUCACACGUCAUGUCAGAUUGCGUGAAUGGUGGCGAUGAAUCUGCGCUCCGAGUCCCAGAGUCUGCCACCUUGCCUACGAUCUCCCGUCACGCGCUGCACAGUAACGCCAUCGCAGGUCGCCCCGGGAGCGACUCUGAAGAGAGCGACGACGACGACACGUCCACGUGCGACGACAGCGCCGCGCAGACUGAAGGCACCCACCAGCACCACUCUGUGAUCAUGCACCUCCUGACGCAGCUGCGCCUCGGCAUGGACUUGACCAAAGUCACGCUGCCAACCUUCGUCCUGCAGAGGAGGUCGCUCCUCGAGAUGUUCGCUGACCUCAUCGGUCAUCCUGAACUCUUCUUGAAGAUAGCGGCAUGUGGUAGCAGCAAGUCCCGCAUGGUAGCAGUAGUUCGCUGGUAUCUAUCAAGCGUGAAGCUGAGCCGCUGCGGCAGCCACCCCAGCAAGCCCUACAACCCCGUCCUCGGCGAGACUUUCCAGUGCGGCUGGCGGGUGCCUAGGCCUUCCUUGCAGGAGCAACCAGUAAGCCAGGCAUCAGGAGGCGGGCGUGAGAAGCCUGACUAUGUGAGCGUACGGUUCGCCGCAGAGCAAGUGUCUCAUCACCCUCCUGUGUCUGCAUUCUUCUUCGAGUGCCCAGAGAAGCAGCUGUGUGUCAACGGUCAUAUUUACACCCGGUCCAAGUUCAUGGGUACCUUCAUCGAAGUGAACUUCCUCGGGGACAUCACCCUGACAGUGGGAGGCGUGUCGGAUGAAACGCAAGCCAGAGGGACACCACACGACAAAGUCUCACCUAAAAAUUCUGAUAUACUGACGAGUUCUGAUGACAAGACAGAAAGAACAGAAUUUGUAUCUAGAAAUGCCAAAGAAAUCUCGUCAGAGGGACCUUUGUCCGCUCAAGAGGACGAGUGGGUAAGAUUGGAUGCUGGAGGAGGGGAAAAUGUGCAGCCGAAACAUGGAACUUCAUCUCGAAUUCCCGAUAGACAAUUGGACAUCGAUGAAAGCAAUUCAUCGUUGAAUAAAGAGAUCACAGAAAAUAUUUCCAGUAAUUUUAAACAGGCAGGGGUAUCUUCAAACACUGAAACUUACAGUCUGUCCAUGCCAUCAGCUUUCGCGCGCAGUAUCAUCACAGAACCGUGGUCGGAAUUAGGGGGCCGAGUGACGCUUGCUUGUGCAGAAUCAGGCUGCGCUGCCAACGUUGUGUUCCACACGAAGCCUUUUUAUGGAAAUUCCCUGCACCGAGUAAGUGGAGAAGUGAAGGGACCUGCUGGAGAAACUCUGUGCAGAAUUGGAGGUGAGUGGGACAAGAGUGUAACUUUCACGUAUCCGGAGGGAUACGAAAAUUUGAGUACCUCAAAAACCUCAUGUGAGACUCAAAACUCGAAGGAUUCUGAGGGCAACAUGGUGGAGGUUCUUGACGUAGCGAAGAUGGAGCCCGUGCCGCGCAAGAGAGUUAGGCCUUUAAGGGCCCAAGACGAAGGCGAGUCCAGACGUUUAUGGCAAGACGUUUCGACGGCCCUGCGACGUCGGGACAUGCACACGGCGACGGCACACAAGCAACGUCUCGAGACGCUGCAACGUAACUACGAAGCCAAGCGACUGGCUAAAGGCGAGCCUUACUGCGGGAAAUUAUUCCGCAAACUACAAAAAAGAACAGAACGUGAAAGCCCUGGUUUGGACGAAACUAGAAUCAGUGCCGAAACUAAAAAGGGAAUUGGUAAAGACAAUCAAACUGGCCACCUCCUCAACGGGACUGAACAUUGGGUCUACAAAAAACUUCCUUUCUACGCCACUGAAGUUUGCGGUGGCAGGUAGAGCCUCGAUGCUGCUGAACCACACUUUAGAAAUCUAGUAACUUGAAGCACAUGCCAUCCAAAUCUAGGAUCUAGUUAAGGAUUUAACUAGGAUAUCAGUCUCGUUUGCUGAUGAUUUUAAGAUUCGCAUCGUUACUUUCAGUACAUGAUUCGGUACAGGCACCUCUUUUCACGGAAGGAAAUUAUGUUUAGAAUGAAGUUGAAACAUUUGCGUGUUCAUGGUUGCUCUCACGUGACUGUUACCAAAUUUGAUGAAUUAAUUAAAAUUUUCUAUAAUUGAAUUUUUGUUUAGAGUUGAGGGUUUCUUGGUAAAAAGCCUACUUAAUUUCGGUGGAAAUAUAGGAGAAAAGUUUGUAUUGGGGGUAAAAUUUUUUACUUUUCUGAUACCUGCGAUGUGAUCUUUAGUUUAGUAAGUUUAUUUGUAUUACAAUAAAUAAUCGCAAUAUCUUUGGCGAGUCCGCUAGAAAGCCGUUAAAUAUAACUAUGCUUUAAAAUUAACUCCUAUGGAAUUUUCUAUUUCACGAUUUUCCAGGAGUGAAGGAUGAUGUGAAUAAAAAAAAUGUUUAUUACAUCAACAAAUGUACAUGGAAGUAUCUUAGAGAAAACAUUUGUAUAGUGUUCAUAAAAAUUGAAAUGUUAAAAUCGCGUACACUUCGCGCUGCAAAACGCGAUGAAUAAUCGCGACAAUUGAAAAUAUUAUUAGCAGUUUAACCGUGGCAAUAUCUUAUAGCAUAGUUUAUUCUUCCUUAUCUUAACCAAUGCAUUCCUCGUACAUAUCUUCUUGAUCUUAUGAAACACUUGUUCUACUGUAAGAGCAAACUUCUCUCUUGAACUUACGCUCUCAUAUAUGUCGGCAACGCUCAGAAAAAUGUAGGAAUUAUUGUCCAAAUCGCGAUGCACUUUUCGUGUUUCUGACGGUCAUCUUGAUUCAGUUUAGCCCAUUAAUAGGGCUUUACAAUGCAAAGCCCUUUUUCUGAACGUGCUGUGGGUAAGAAACUGUUGCAAUAUUUAGACAAUUUCAGUCAUCAAUUUUUCCGAACGUAUAAAGAGGUUACCACCAUGUCUUGAAAAAACUCUACGCUGAAAAAAUCACAUUUUUUAUAAGUUUGCAGAAAAUUCUGGCGAUGUGUAUACAGCGCUUUAACUGCACGGUCGCUUCGUACACUCAAAUAAAUUAAUCGGUCAUAUUAUCCAAAAAUUUGUUCAAUUAGCAGGAUUAUGAAGAAGCUUGAAGAUCAUUCAGCUUUGUCUGUAAAAGAAUUAACAUAAUUCUUAUUCAUGUAGAGUUAUGAGUGUAUGAAAAUCACGGCAAAGUAACGAAUAACUUAGUUUACAACGUAUUACGUGCUCUUAUACAUCGUUUUUGUUACGUGGUAUUUUGUACGUAACAUUUUGACGUUAUUAUUUUAAACAUAGCAUUUCUAUGUUGAAUAAAAAGCAACGAUAAGAGAUUUUAACUAACAAUGACCACACAUCAGAUCUCGAAUGAUGUCAUUGAAUCUAUUAUAAAGCAUGACGUUUUCUUGCUAUGUAUGAAAACUUUUAAACAUGUAAUUCUUGUUGCUAAAUGCUGGUAAUAAGUCUUGUUAAUUUCGAAGUACUCAAUUUUCUCCGUUGUCGAUUUUCUUCAGCUUUUCUAAACUUUUUCAUAUAUCGAAGUCUUACGUCUCUAAACUUUCGAGACUUAACUUUUAAUCUCUCUAUCUUCCGCCUUUCCUCUACCUUAUAAGCUUUAUAGUUAAAGAACUUCGCUCGUAUAAAGUUUUUCUGUAGGCAGGGCAGUUGUGGGGUCAAGUUGUUGUGUAGGCAGGGCAGUUGUGGGGUCAAGUUGUUGUGUAGGCAGGGCAGUUAUAGGGUCAAUUUUUUAGAGUUAGACUAGCUUACAAUCUUUUUGCUGAUUUUAAGCAGAUUUUUUGCUGAUUUUUCAAAAUUGGCAGAAAUAUUUGUGUCCAUGACCUUUUAUCUUGUGGAACAUUAGUCAUGUUCUCGAGUGUUUUGUGAACAUUUCGAUGGAAAUACAGCUGCGAAGACUGACAAGAGCGUUUACUGAAGUGAUCGUCGAAUAUAAGAAGUGGCGUGAAACGGGUCUUUCGUUUCCGAAAAAACGGCGGACGACAAAGACGGUUCAUCAGCGUUAUCUUGGACGAGGACGUCCUAAACUUGACAAAAUGACACGGAGUGAUGAUUUGAAUGAAUUGACAAAUUCUAAGUGUAUUGUGAGAUAAUACACGAGUGAUUCGGCAUAUGUUGUCACGUCCUUGUUACGGUCAUAAAACUUUUAAUUGAUGCUGUUCAGCCUGAAAAUACGUGAUCCAUGUUUCUCUCGGGCCCAAAUGUUGCGGGUAUACCCAAAUAUUUCAAUGAUGGUCGCAUGUCAGCCUCGCGCUGCACUUCGACAUUUUAUCGCAAAUAAUUCCCAACCUCCUGAAAUGAUAGAGAAAUACGAACUCUUUACUGAGAAGCAGUUGGUAUGGGGGACAAAAUUUAAACUGUUAGGGUUGUGUAAAUAUUGUCGAUAAUGAUGCCUUUAUCGCGAAAUACGUUACGUUGUUACGUUAAAGUGACGCGAUAGAAAAAUUUCUGUUACUUAUAUUGAAACCUUCAUCGUAUAUCACUUCUUCACGAAUCCAAAAUUUCAGUAUUCUAAUAUUGUGCGGCUGAGUUACGCAUCAUUUGAAAUAGUUAUAAUUAUCGGUGUUUUUAUUUAUUUCUUUAUUAUUAUUUUUUUUGAGUCCAUAAGUGUAUCU